AUGGUUCACUUCCUGGGACCCAUAGGUCUUUUAAGUCGAUCGGAGACAGGGGUCUUAUGUGAAAUAUCUGGAGCUGAGAGCUCACUCAGGGGUGCAGUGGACUGGGGAGCUGCAGAUCCUCAGUGGGACUCUGACCCAAGCACCAGCUGCUACCUGCAUCCUCACCAGGAGCCACUCUGCCAGAGGAAAGUGCAUGUCCCCUUCUUCUUCAUCAACAAGGAGUUGAUGGAUCUGGAAAGGUUGGUCCAGUUAUACUUCAUGAACCAUCAGGACUUUUAUAUUUCUCAAUUAAUGUUUAAAGAUCCCUUUGAUCUACAGGUGGCAGCAGACUGUGAACGGCACUCUGGGAAGGGCUUCCUAGGCUUUGUGCAGGUAGCUAUCCAAGGAUAUGACUUCAUAAGCUUCCAGAAUGAAACAUGGUCACCAUCUCCCAUGGGGGGAAGAAAGGCCCAGAAAGCCUGCAAUCUACUCAAUCUGAACCAAGCCUACACAAAUAGGAAACAUUGGCUCCUCAGUUAUGCCUGCCCACGUUUAAUCUCGGAUCUUCUAGAUGGAGGGAAAGCUCAUCUCCAGCGACAAGUGAACCCUGAGGCCUGGCUGUCCAGUGGUCACAGCCCUGGACCUGGCCAUCAGCUGCUGGUGUGCCAUGUGUCUGGCUUCUACCCAAAGCCCGUGUGGGUGAUGUGGAUGCGAGGGGAACAGGAGCAGCAGGGCACUCAGAGAGGUGACAUCCUGCCCAAUGCUGAUGGGACGUGGUAUCUCCGAGCAACCCUGGGUGUGGCAGCUGGGGAGGCGGCUGGCCUGGCCUGCAGGGUGAAGCACAGCAGCCUAGGAGGGCAGGACCUCGUCCUCCACUGGGGUGCACCUCAGAGUGCCCUGGGCUUGAUCCUCUUUGCUGUGAUAGUGGCCCUGGCUCUUCUGACAGGUCUUGGAUUUUGGUUUUGGAAAUGCUGCCCCACUCCCACUUUCUGCUCAAUUCUCACCUCCACCUUCUAA